GUGAAGGAGAGAGGGAGGGAGGGGUGCAUGAGGAGCACUGAGCAUGAGAGAGCUGAAAAGAGAGGGAGCGAUUCAGCAGAGGAGUGCCACAGCACGGAGGAGAGGGGGGACUCCAGACUGGAUGGGCCCAGCGGUGCCUUGAUGGAGCAUGGGUCAGGUUUUAGGGUUCUCCCACUGCAAGGAAUUUGGAACAGUGAGCUCAACACCUGACUCCACUCCUCCCUGCUCAGAUGGUGGAAAUGAGGAGUCUGACUUCCCAGAACUGCAGACAGCCAGGGAAUGGUCUGACGACGAUGAAGGCCUGGAGGAUGAUGACACAUGUCCCAGCAGCUCUUCCGUAUGGAGCACACCACGUCAGAACUCCUUUGAGCUCACCUUCUCCUACAUUGCCUUCUCUGAGAGCGACUGCUCUUCACGGAGAGACUCGGGGCGCCGCAGGACCGGUGGUAAGGGCGGCCGCGGUUCACUGCACCGCAUGGAUACUCUGGAGACCCAGGUACCUACGGACUCCCCUGCUGUGGAGUUGGACCCUCAUGCCUUCUUGACUGUAGAAGGGGAGGGAGAUGCGGAGGAGGGGAGCCUGCAUUGGACACAAGAACCACAGACCCACAGGGUGGAGGAGUUUCAGGAUAGAGACACAUGGACAUGGGAAGCAACGGAGGAGAUCUCAGGCAUCCAAACACACAACUUAACAUCCAGUCAUCAAGAUGAGCAAGUAGCAGUACCACAGCUUCAUGGGUCAGACCCUUCUGUUGCCUUGGAAACCAUCACCACCCUGCAGAUGGUGGAGCCAUCACAUACAACACCUCCCGCCAUCGGACGAAUCACUCAGGAAGAACAGCUCUGUAAGCAGUGGUACUCCACUCUCAAUUUAUCUGUGGGGCCAACUGUUCGCAUCCAAAUAGCAGCAAUGGACCUGAUCUACUGGAAGGAUAUGGAGCGGACAGGGAUGGUGCUCACAGGAUUGGUGGUGGGACUGCUGUCCCUGUUUCAGCUGAGCAUCAUCUCUGUAGUGUCCACGCUCUCCCUGGCCAUCAUGUGCUUCACCAUCUCAGUCAGAAUCUAUUACAAACUGCUGCAAGUGCUCCAGAUGGGAGAUGGCGUUCACCCUUUCCAGUCAUAUCUAGAGUUGGACAUCAGUUUAAGUGGGGAAGAGGCUCAGCACUACAUGCAGAAGGCCAUUGUGCUGUCCUUCUCUGUCGUCGAUGCACUGAGGAACCUCGUCUUUGUGGGCAACCUGUUCAACUCACUUAAGUUCUUGUUGCUGAUGUAUCUGGUCACGUUCCUGGGAAACCUCUGCGAUGGCCUUACCUUGCUCAUCAUUGGUGUGAUUGCUGUCUUCUCUGUCCCUCUGUUUUACACAAAGCACCAGGACAAAGUGGACAGCUGCUUUGUAGCAGUGCAAGCCCACAUUGACAACAUAAAGGACUUCCUUCAUCGCCUGGCCCAGGGUGGCGGACCACCCCCCGACCCCACUCCCGGUGGAGCUAAAGCCCAUUGAGACCCGUCUCAGAGGAGGAGGAGCUACACACUGUCACUCAAAAAUGUCUUAAAUGUCAGUUUGUCCUCAGAGUCCCGCCUCCGCAGCAGUGGGGGAGGGGCCAAUGACACGGGGGGGCCUUAUGUAAGAGGAGAUACGGAUUUAAGGGAGGACCACGCAAAGAACAAUCUCGGAUGAAAAUCAAAGGCUUUGGAACUCGGAGAAGUUAAAGACGUUUUCAUUUCCACCUUUCAGUGUCAGUUUGAGUGUGUGAAUGAAGCAGACCAUUAAGAUAAUCGAGCCGCCCGUACAAUAAUAGCCCCUUGAGAGAUAUCUGAAUAAACAUGGAUGACUUCAGGGAAGUAAAAGGGGCUAGAAUCCAGACUGACUGCAGUUCGCCUGCCAGAAACAUAAUGCAGGACCAGUAUUCAUUGUAUUGGUGUGUGUGUGUGUGUGUGUGUGUGUGUGUGUGUGUGUGUGUGUGUGGGCAGCUUAAGCCUGUUAAAGUUCCUAAGAGCUAUUAAAACCACAAUGUUAUUUUCUUUUCCAA